UCAACGUGCGGCGUCCUCAUCAAUGGGACCUCGCGAGAGCCAUGGACCUUGGUCCGCGCUGGUAGCAGGUGCGCCUAUAGCGCGCGGUGUCGUGACGUGGCAGCAAGUCUGUUUUACGAGCUAGCCACGCUCAUUGGCUCGUGCGAGGUUGGAGUUUGGCAAUCCGUAGGACAAUCCGUGCCUCGGCUGGGACACGCCGUUGCGGAUCUUCAUUCUGCAAUUAUUGCCCAUGACGUCCCCCGACGCGGAAGCCAUUCCGAGCGUCCUGCGCGACGUGUAUCUUUUUCCUCUCCUCGCAUCGUUCCAGGACGGUGUCGACCUGCGCGUCCGAGCAGCGUUCGCGUCGUGGCGGCUCGUGCAGCGGCGCGUGCUCGAUCUGUGGUGCCCGACGUUUGGCUGGCUCGCGCCAAGCGAGGGCGCCGCUGCGCCGCUUCGCAUAAAGCAGAACGCCCACUGCUCCAUUGUCCACUGCGAUCCGACGGGCAAGGUUGAGGCCGUCCGUUCGGCCGUCUAUGACAUGCUGUGGCAGCCCAGCUACGUCUUGUAUGCGGCGAUUGCGUCUGGCGAUAUCGACCUCGUGCAACGUCUCGGCCGCUGCCGCCCGGCACUCUUCUCGCAACGAGCGAUCGACGUCGCCGAGCACUAUGCGCAGCGAGAUAUUGCCGCGCUCGUAGCGCGCCACGUCAAAAUAAUGGAUCCGUAAUCGAAACCGAUGACUGU